AUGGCUCGUCUGUCUCUUGUUUGUAUUGGGUUGGUUCUAUUAGCAACAGUUUGGUCAUCAUCGUUGAAUAUAGAAGGAUCAUCGAAACGUGUAUUAGUACUUCUUGAUAAUUUGGCUAUUCGCGAAUCACAUUCAUAUUAUUUUAAACAAUUAAGAGAUCGUGGAUUUGAAAUAACCUUCAGAUCAUCAGAUGAUAGUAGCCUUCAAAUAGUUAAAUAUGGUGAAUAUAUUUAUGAUAAUAUUAUCUUAUUUGCUCCUGGUACAAAAGAAUUCGGUGGACGUCUGGAUGCUGAAGUUUUGACAGAAUUUAUUGAUGCUGGUGGUAAUGUUCUCAUUGCGGGUAGUAAUACAAUUGGUGAUGCUAUUCGUGAAUUCGCUGGUGAAUGUGGCAUUGAAUUUGCUGAUGAUAAAAAUGCUGUGAUUGAUCAUCUCAAUUAUGAUGCUAAUGAUGAUGGACAACAUACAUUAAUCGUUGCAAGUCCAGAUAAUCUUUUAGCAUCUGAAUUAAUUACUGGGCAAACUAAAAGGGCUGGUUUACCAUUCCUUUUCCGAGGCAUUGGAAUGUCUGCUGAUCCAGAAAAUCCACUGUUACUCGAUGUUUUAACAGGUUCCGCAAGUUCAUAUACAGCCAAUCCCGAUGAAAAGUCAUUAGCUGAGUAUCCAACAACAGUUGGUAAACGAACAUUAUUAAUAUCUGUUCUUCAAGCUCGUAACAAUGCUCGCGUUGGUUUUGUUGGUUCAUUAGACUUUUUCAGUAAUGAUUUUUUUGAUAGUGCAGUACAAUCCACUGAUGGAAAGAAAUCAGAUAAAUCUGGUAAUGAAGAAUUAGCUAUUGCACUGACUGAUUGGAUAUUUAAACAACGUGGUGUUUUACGUGCGAGAAAUAUUCGUCAUUAUUUAAAACAAGAUAAAUCAACACCACGUUUUUAUACAAUUAAAAAUGAUAUUGUAUUUAAUGUGCAAUUUGAUGAAUUUGUUCACGGUAAAUGGAUGCCAUUUAAUGGAACUGAUGUUCAAUUAGAAUUUGUUCGUAUUGAUCCAUUUGUUCGAGCAACAAUGAAAAAUAAAGGCGGUCAACUUGAAGCGCAAUUUUGUGUUCCAGAUACUUAUGGAAUUUAUAAAUUUGUCAUUGAUUAUAAUCGUGUUGGUUAUACACAUUUAUUUUCAGCAACACAGGUCUCUGUUCAUCCUUUACGUCAUACCGAAUAUGAACGAUUUAUAACAUCAGCAUUUCCAUAUUAUAUUUCAUCAUUUUCAAUGAUGGCUGGUGCUUUUCUUCUUAGUUUUAUUGUACUUUAUCAUCGUGAUGAUACGCCGAAAAACAAAACUGAAUAA